UUCAAGUCAUGUUCCUCCCUCCUUUUUUGACCCUAUACCUUUUUCUCCCUUCCAAUUCCAAUACCCCUUUGUGAUUUUGGUUCUUUAGUUCUCUAUCUCUCUUUGGAGUACAUGGCCAUGGAUGCACAACAACACCAACAAUCUUCAGAAUUAUCAGCAGAAGAAAAUGAGAGAGAAUCUGAGGACUUCAGAGAAAAGGGUCCACAAACUGGAACUGGGUCUCUCCCUAGUGGCUUCAUUGGGAAACAUAGGUUGCAAGCUGCCAUAAACCACCUCAAUAACCAAAUUACCAUUUUGGAGGAAGAAUUGGAAAAACUUGAAACAAUAGGUGAAUCCUCCACCGUUUGCAAGGAUGUAAUUUCAAGCGUUGAAUCCAUUCCAGAUCCUCUCCUUCCUUUUACUAUAGGUUCGGUGGAUGCUGGUUGGGAUCGAUGGUUCGGAGGUGCCCACCAUUCUCGAAAUCAUAAACGUUGGAUUUAGAUAUAUUUCCUUUUGCAUUUAUAUGUUUUUGGGUUAAUUAUGAAAAUUUAAAAUUUACCUGCCAGUAAGAGAGAGAUCACUCUAAUGUAACACAUUGAUAAAUGAUUUUUAUUUUCUUUCAGUUUUUAAUGAUUCGAUUUUCUUUCCAGAAAAAGAAAAGCAUAAUGAUUAUAUAUGAAUCAAAAUUCCUUC